AUGGACUCUGAGGACGACUUCAUGUCUGACCCGCCUAGCGGGGAUGAGAUUGACUUCGACGAAGGCACGCAAGAUAGUGAUAUCGGAAGCCUUGGCGGAGACUAUGAUCACGAUCACGAUGGUGGCUUUGGCUACGAAAAGGACAUCCUUGCCAACCCACAGAAACCCUUUGAAGUCGAUUACAGAGUCCUCAGCCCCAAGGAAAUCCAAAUGCACCAAGAGCGUCAGUUCCAGGAGGUUUCGUCGAUCAUAGAACUACCACCUGAACAAACCGCAAUCCUCCUGCGGUACAUGAGAUGGAACAAAGAGAAACUCAUCGAGUCAUACAUGGACAACCCAGAGCAGGUGCUCGAGUCUGCAGGCUUGGGAGCAACAGUGGACCCGUCACCGAAGACCGAGACGGUGAAAGGGUUUACAUGCGACAUCUGCUAUGAGGAUGACCCGGCAAUGCAAACAUACGCUAUGAAGUGUGGGCACAGAUAUUGCGUCGAUUGUUACUCUCACUACCUGACCCAGAAAGUCAAGCAGGAAGGAGAAGCCGCCAGAAUUGAGUGCCCCUAUGACGGUUGUCACCGCAUUGUGGACUCCAAAUCCCUGAGAUUGCUGGUCGACCAGAACGUUCAGGACCGAUACGAAGUGCUCCUCACCAGGACCUAUGUCGAUGAUAAAGACAAUCUGAAGUGGUGUCCGGCACCAGAGUGCGAAUAUGCUGUGGAGUGCUCCGUCAAGAAGCGCGACCUGAAUCGCGUUGUCCCAACGGUGCGGUGUGCGCUCGAACAUAGCUUCUGCUUUGGAUGUACCCUGGCCGACCACCGUCCGGCUCCCUGCUCUCUAGUCAAGAUGUGGCUCAAGAAAUGCGAAGACGAUUCGGAGACCUCGAAUUGGAUAUCAGCCAAUACGAAGGAAUGUCCCAAAUGUCAUUCAACCAUCGAGAAGAACGGCGGCUGCAACCACAUGACCUGUCGAAAAUGCAAACACGAGUUCUGUUGGAUGUGCAUGGGUCCAUGGUCCGAACAUGGAACCAGUUGGUACAAUUGCAAUCGAUUCGAAGAAAAGUCCGGGGCGGAUGCACGCGAUGCUCAGGCGCGUUCCCGACACUCUCUCGAACGAUACCUGCAUUACUACAACCGUUACGCCAAUCACGAGCAGUCGGCCAAGUUGGACAAGGACUUAUGGGUCAAGACGGAGAAGAAAAUGACCAGUCUUCAAUCGCAGUCGAACAUGUCUUGGAUCGAGGUACAGUUUCUUGAUACUGCGUCCAAGGCUCUACUAGCUUGCCGGCAGACUCUUAAAUGGACCUACGCGUUUGCAUUUUACUUGGAACGCAACAACAUGACCGAAAUUUUUGAGGACAACCAGAAAGACUUGGAAAUGGCUGUUGAAAAUCUUAGCCAGAUGUUCGAGAAGCCAGUGACCGAACUGGGAAGUCUGAAAGUGGAAAUCUUAGACAAGACGACCUAUUGCAACCGCAGACGCGAGAUCUUGCUGAGUGACACGGCGGAAAACUUGAAGAAAGGUACGGGAUGCAUCAGGGGCCAUUGA